AUGUUUACUAUGCAUUUAGCUAAAGUAUUUGCUGCUUUCAUAGCUGGGACACUUGGUAUGUGGCCUGCGCUAGCUGUAAGUACGGAGGAGGCUGUUAAGGCCAGCUUAUUUCCCAUGGAGGACUUCGAGAUCAUGGAGAUAAGAAAAGCCUUUAUUGAAAGGAUCACAAGGGUACGGGAAGAUGCUUCUAGUGGAGAUUUUCUGGAUUCCCAUAUCGAUCUUAGUAAAGCAAGGAUGCCAUAUCAGGAGAGCCGCUCAGUACUAGUUAUAGAUGUCGGAGGAACAAGUCUGAAGAUAAGUGAGGUUGUCAUCGACCUUGGUUCUGACGAAAAGGGAAACUCUCCGUCUUUCCACGACAUAGUGGAAUGUAGCCCAUCUUUCUACAGAUAUCCUGACACCUCGGGUGUUUCGGGCCAAGACAGGAUAAGCUGGAACGAGUGGGUUGCAGACCAGGUUGUUGAAUUCUAUGGCAGAAACCCUCCAAGAAGUAAGGUUAAUGCAUCUCUGACAUUCUCCUAUCCUCUUAUCCAGACAUCUGUUAAUAACGCACAAAUAAAAAAGACAACAAAGAACUUCUGCUUCAGAGAGGACGAGGCCACGUUUACCACGGACAUAGUCGAGGCCCUCAACUCCUCGCUGAGGAGCAGGAAGAUCAACGUCUGUGUCAACUGCGUCUUAAAUGACUCCACAGCAACAUACAUGGCAGGAGUGCUCAGGGGAUAUAAGAACAUAAUCGGGAUUGUUCUUGGGACAGGGACAAACUCGUCCUUCUGUGUGAAGAAGGGCAGAAGCAAUGAGGUGGUACUAUACAACUCCGAAUGGGGAUCCACAAGAGUUCCAAGGAGCAUGUUAACAGAAGCAGACCUUGCCGUUGUUGUGGACCUGGAAAUGAGAAAGAUUUCGCAUAACAUCAUUGACGUCUUAGCAGGCGGCUGUAAACUUGGUGACAUCGUUCUUCACAAACUUAGAAAUACGUAUCCUGAAAUUUAUGAGGAAUACGCAGAGAGGGAAGAGGUGCUCCAUUCGAUGAUCCACUCAGCCAUCACCGGAUCUGGAAACGGCGCACUGGCUAAAAGCCCCAAACUACGCAACGCACUGAUGCCCAUAGUUCGUGACUUUAGGGCCAGGGGAAUGAAGAUAUUGGCAUCCUUAAUAGGUGCUGUGGUCGAAUCCACCAUGGAUAAUGCAAACACAAUCACGCUCGUUCUGAACGGAACAACCUUCUCGAAUGCAGGCCUCAGAGAUGCUCUUGGAAUGGAGGUAAAAAGGAUGCAUCCGGAUAUCGAGAUCAACCUUGUCUUCCUUAGUAAUGCCUCUCUGGAAGGAUCUGCACUUGUAUCCCUUAUGUAUUCCGAGUACCCCAAGGUAGAAUGUGACUUGGCACCACUUGCCGCUCCAGUCCUUUCAUUUGCCGAUCAGACUCCUUAG